AUGGGAGAACUUCACUACUUUCUAGGCAUUCAAGUCACAAAAACUAAGGAAGGAGGCUUGAUUCUGUCACAAGAAAAAUACGUUGGAGACCUUCUUGCUAAAACUGGCAUGACUGGGUGCAAACCUUGCACCACACCACUACCCUCCUCUGUCAAGCUAUCUACAUUUGGUGGGCCUGUCUUCACUAAUCCACGGCUUUACAGAUCCGUAGUUGGAAGUUUACAAUAUCUCACUGUCACAAGACCUGAGCUAUCAUACUGUGCCAGCAAGGUUUCUCAGUUUUUGCAGCAUCCUUUGGAAGAACAUUGGAGAUUAGUAAAACGUGUGUUAAGAUGUGUUAGUGGAACACUCACUUAUGGCCUGUAG